AUGGCGGCUAUUCAUAACGACGACGAGCUUUUGCUUGCUCGAAUUGGGUAUAAACAGGAAUUACGACGAGAGUUCUCCAAAUGGUCGACUGUUUCGUAUGCAAUCUCCAUCCUGGGUGUCCUGGGCUCUGUUCCGGCAACCUUUGGUGCGCCAUUGGCAGCUGGCGGGCCUGCAACCGCUGUCUGGUGUUGGCUGAUUGGAUCGUGCAUGGCCAUGUGUAUUGGCAGCUCAGUCGCAGAGCUGGUGUCAGCUUAUCCAACAGCUGGAGGCAUGUACUUUGUCACAAAGCACGUUGUUCCGCCUGAUCAAGUUCCUGUUUUCUCUUGGAUACAGGGCUGGUGCAAUCUUCUCGGCCAAACGGCAGGUGUGUCCAGUGUGGCAUAUACGGUCAGCCAGAUGCUGCUGGCCUGUGUCAGUAUGAACUCAGACCUUGUUGAUGGCAAGUAUACAUAUGCACCGACCGCUCUAGAGACCGUGCUGGUGUCGAUUGCGAUUCUGUGUUUCCUUGGAGUCAUCUGCUCUUUGAACACAAAGUCUCUACAUCGGAUUAUCAUUUGGUUUGCUCCCAUCAAUAUUCUUGCGACUAUCUGCAUUUGCAUUUCACUGGUUACCUUGACACCUGAGUUGCAACCGGCCUCCUGGGUUUUUGGUCACUUUACCGAUGGCUCAGGAUGGGGCUCCAAGGUGUUUUCUUUCUUUCUGGGUUUCUUGUCAGUUGCCUGGACUAUGACAGACUACGACGGGACGACACACAUGUCCGAAGAGACUCACGAUGCAGCCGUGCAAGGGCCGAUUGCUAUCCAAACAGCCGUUCUAGUAUCCGGCGCAUUCGGAUGGCUUCUUACCGUCUCCCUAUGCUUCUGCUUGACGGAUUUCGAGGGCAUCCUCAACUCUCCCACGGGUCUUCCCGCAGCCCAGAUCUUUUUGAACGCUGGCGGAAAGCGAGGCGGCACCAUCAUGUGGGCGUUUGCCAUUCUUGUACAAGCUUUCACGGGGUGCUCAGCUAUGCUUGCUGAUACAAGGAUGGCAUUUGCGUUCGCCCGAGACGACGCUCUUCCAUUUUCAAAGUAUGAAACCGAACGACUUAAACAAUCAUGUGCUGAUAACCACAGGUUUCUAUCCAAGGUCAACCAUCGCACCCAUACCCCGGUCAACGCUGUGUGGUUCGUUGUCAUCUUCAGCAUUUGCCUGAACUGCAUUGCAAUCGGUUCUACUCAAACAGCCACCGCGAUUUUCAGCAUCACUGCCCCGGCAUUGGACUUUUCUUACGUCUCUGUGAUUCUAGCGCAUCAACUAUACAAAAACAAGGUCAAGUUCAUUGAGGGUCCUUUUACGCUCGGCAAAUGGGGAACCCCUGUCAAUUACAUUGCUGUAGUUUGGGUUUCCUUUAUCAGCACCAUUUUGUUCUUCCCGCCACAGCUUCCUGUCACACCAGCCAAUAUGAACUACGCCAUCUGUGUUGGCGGGUUUAUUGCCGCCUUUGCCAUGAUAUGGUGGUGGGUUGCGGCCAGAGGCAAAUACACUGGUCCUCGGACCGACGAAACAAUCCAAGAAAUCCCCACCGAGGACGAGGAUGCGGAAGUUUCUGACGAAGGCUCCGUCUGA